GUGACUGUGGAAGAACAUUAUGUUUUCAGAUGGCAAAAUAAUUCCAUCAGCGGCCUAGACAUCACAAUCAUCAGGGCAGAAAUCAGCGCCCACCAGAGAGGAACAAUGACCCAGAGAUUUACAGUGAAGUUUUUAAGCCCUAACAGUGGUGGUGAGAAGGAAUUUUCUGGAAAUCCAGGUUACCAGCUUGGCAAGCCGGUCCGAGCUCUGCAUACCGAUGGCAUGAAUGUCACCACGUUGCACCUCUGGCAGCCAGCUGGAAGGGGCCUGUGCACAUCAGCCGCCCUCAGACCUGUUUUGUUUGGAGAAGAUGCCUCCUCUGGCUGCCUUUUGGAAGUUGGGAUUAAGGAGAACUGUACGCAGCUCAGGGAGAAUGUCCUUCAGAGACUAGAUUUGCUGAUCCAGGCAACGCACGUUGCAAGGAGAGGCAACUCGGACUAUGGUGAUCUGAGCGAUGGCUGGCUGGAGGUCAUACGCGUCGACGCCCCUGAUGCAGGCACCGACCUGCCUCUGAGCAGCGUGAAUGGCAUGUGCCCGGAAGUCCCAACACACGUCACCAUCCGCAUCCUCACUGCUGAGGCUGGCGCUGUGGAAGGGGAGGCUCAGCGGGAGAUCCUGGCUGUGGAGACAAGGUUCUCCACAGUAACCUGGCAGUACCAAUGUGGGCUCACCUGUGAGGAGGACAAAGCUGACCUUCUCCCCCUCAGUGCCUCUGUUAAGUUCAUUAACAUCCCUGCGCAGAUGCCCCGCCCGACCAGUUUUCCCUGUAACCCUCUCACGUGUUUGUGUAGAUUCCAGAUCAACUUCACAGAGUACGACUGUACCCGGAAUGAGCUGUGCUGGCCCCAACUUCUGUACCCUCUGACCCAAUAUUAUCAAGGUAGGAAGCCAGGUUUCUGUAUGUUAGAAUCCUGCCUCCUGUGCGCCGAUUGGCUGAGCCGUAGUGACGGACUGCCACGAUUCCUGCCGUUCAUUGGUUAUUCUGCGGUGGGCGGUUCCCCGGGGCGGAACCGGAACCGGCUGCGGCGGUGGGCGGGGCGUGGCGGGUAGCUGUGGCGGCGGCUGAGCGGUGGCCGCGGUGGCAGCGGAGGAGAACCCCAUGGUGCGAGUGUGCGGGCCGAGGAGGCUGAACGAGGCUGCGCCGCCAUGGGCUCCCUCUUCCGCAGCGAGAGCAUGUGCCUGGCGCAGCUCUUCCUGCAGUCGGGCACGGCCUACGAGUGUCUGAGCGCGCUUGGCGAGAAGGGCCUGGUGCAGUUCCGAGACCUUAUUCAGGCCUUUCUGCUCAUCACCCUUGGAGGCGAUGAGGAUUUUCUGUACCUGGUGCAGGAAAUCACCAGAGCUGAUAUUCCCCUGCCUGAGGGAGAGGCCAGUCCUCCCGCACCACCUCUUAAACAUGUUCUAGAAAUGCAGGUAACUUGCUCCUCAAGACGCUGUCAGCAAAAGUUCCAGGGCUGCCAGGAGCAGCUGCAGAAGCUCGAGGUGGAGCUCAGAGAAGUCACCAAGAACAAGGAGAAGCUGAGGAAGAACCUGCUGGAGCUGGUGGAGUAUACCCACAUGCUGAGGGUCACCAAGACCUUCCUUAAACGGAACGUGGAGUUUGAGCCGACUUACGAAGAGUUCCCCGCCUUAGAGAGCGACUCUCUGUUGGACUACAGCUGCAUGCAGCGGCUGGGCGCCAAGCUGGGAUUCGUUUCUGGCCUGAUUCAGCAAGGCAAAGUGGAAGCAUUUGAAAGAAUGCUGUGGCGGGCUUGCAAAGGGUACACCAUCGUGACCUAUGCAGAGCUGGACGAGGCCCUGGAAGACCCUGAGACGGGUGAAGUCAUAAAGUGGUAUGUGUUCCUGAUCUCGUUUUGGGGAGAGCAGAUUGGCCACAAGGUUAAGAAGAUCUGUGACUGUUACCACUGCCACAUCUACCCGUAUCCAAACACGGCCGAGGAGCGCAGGGAGAUCCAGGAGGGGCUCAAUACUCGGAUCCAAGACCUUUACACUGUGCUGCACAAAACGGAGGACUACCUGCGGCAAGUGCUGUGCAAGGCUGCCGAGUCCGUGUGCAGCCGUGUGAUACAGGUGCGGAAGAUGAAAGCCAUCUACCACAUGCUCAACAUGUGCAGCUUUGAUGUCACCAACAAGUGCCUCAUAGCUGAGGUCUGGUGCCCCGAGGUGGACCUGCCCGGCUUGCGCAGAGCGCUGGAGGAAGGCUCGAGAGAGAGCGGAGCUACAAUCCCCUCGUUCAUGAACACAAUCCCUACGAAAGAAACGCCGCCCACUCUGAUCCGCACCAACAAAUUCACUGAAGGUUUCCAGAACAUCGUGGAUGCCUACGGUGUCGGGAGCUACAGAGAAGUGAACCCAGCUUUGUUCACCAUCAUCACCUUCCCGUUCCUGUUUGGCGUGAUGUUUGGUGACUUGGGGCACGGCUUUGUCAUGUUCCUGUUUGCCCUCUUACUGGUGUUGAAUGAGAAUCACCCCAGACUAAGCCAGUCACAGGAGAUCCUUAGGAUGUUCUUUGAUGGCCGAUAUAUCCUGCUGCUGAUGGGGCUGUUCUCCGUGUACACCGGCCUCAUCUACAAUGACUGCUUCUCCAAGUCCCUGAACCUCUUUGGCUCUGGGUGGAACGUGUCUGCCAUGUACAGUUCCAGCCACUCCCCAGAGGAGCAAAGGAAAAUGGUGCUUUGGAAUGACAGCACCAUCAGGCACAGCAGGACGCUGCAGCUGGACCCGAACAUCCCUGGAGUUUUCCGAGGCCCCUACCCUUUCGGCAUCGAUCCUAUUUGGAACCUGGCCACAAAUCGCCUCACGUUCCUCAACUCCUUCAAGAUGAAGAUGUCUGUGAUUUUAGGAAUUUUUCACAUGACCUUUGGUGUCAUUCUGGGAAUAUUUAACCACUUGCACUUCAGGAAGAAGUUCAACAUCUACCUGGUCUCGGUCCCCGAGAUCCUGUUUAUGCUCUGCAUCUUUGGGUACUUGAUUUUCAUGAUCAUCUACAAGUGGCUGGCGUACUCGGCAGAGACCUCCAGAGAGGCCCCCAGCAUCCUCAUCGAGUUCAUUAACAUGUUCCUGUUCCCAUCCAGUGAGACACACGGCCUCUACCCAGGGCAGGCACACGUCCAGAAGGUGUUGUUGGCUCUCACUGUGCUGGCUGUCCCUGUGCUCUUCUUGGGAAAGCCGCUCUUUCUGCUGUGGCUGCACAAUGGGCGCAGUUGCUUCGGCGUGAGCCGGAGCGGCUACACGCUCGUGAGGAAGGACAGUGAGGAAGAGGUGUCUCUCCUAGGCAGCCAGGACAUAGAGGAGGGGAACAACCGCAUGGAAGAGGGCUGCCGAGAAAUGACCUGUGAGGAGUUUAACUUCGGGGAGAUCCUGAUGACGCAGGCCAUCCACUCCAUCGAGUACUGCCUUGGCUGCAUCUCCAACACUGCGUCCUACCUGAGGCUUUGGGCUCUCAGCCUGGCACACGCACAGCUCUCGGAUGUGCUGUGGGCCAUGCUGAUGCGUGUGGGCCUGCGUGUGGACAGCACCUACGGGGUCCUGCUGCUGCUGCCCGUCAUGACCUUCUUCGCGGUUCUGACCGUUUUCAUCCUUCUGGUCAUGGAAGGGCUCUCUGCAUUCCUCCACGCCAUCCGGCUUCACUGGGUAGAAUUUCAGAACAAAUUCUACGUUGGUGCAGGUACCAAAUUCGUUCCUUUCUCCUUCAGUCUGCUGUCCUCCAAGUUCAGUAAAGAUGACAGCCUAGCAUGACCUCAUGCUGCAGCCAGCCCGCUCUGACUGACGGAGAACGAUCAUGUCACAGAACUCACUCAAGUCAGAACUCACGGUGGGGACGCUCUACCCUCCUUGAUUGCCUUACGAUUCAGCCAAAUGGUUCUGGAAGAGACACCUCUCCCUCAUGUCGAAGAUUUUGUAAAACCCAGCACUCCGGACACAGAAAUU